AUGAUUAGAUCACUUCUGAUCUAUGUCCAACUUCUAUCUAUGAUGAUAAAUUUGCAUUAUGGACAAGACGCAUUCGAUUGUACUGGUUAUGAAGAUGAUUCGUUUCAUCCCGUCUAUGAUGCUGAUGAUUGUCGACAUUACUGGCAUUGUAUUUAUGUUGACACAGUUUACAUGCAUGCUGUCAAACGUGUUUGUCCAGCUGGAACGGAAUUCGAUGUUACAUUAAAACAAUGUGAAACAUCAAGUCUAGUAGAUUGCCAGCCACCUAAAUCACCGCAUUUACCUAGAACAACUUCAACAACGAAAGCAUGGAAACUGAUAUAUUCACAGUUACUUUCACGAAAGCGAUGGAGAGUGACCAUGCCGUCGGCAGUGACUGUAGAAAGAUAUCCCGUAUUUGUUUCAGAGGAUCCGUUAGGAAAUGAAAUGACGACAAUGAUUGUACCUGAACCCGAAACAACUGAACAAGUUCGUUGGGCAUCCGUCACUCUACCCCAACCGACAACUGCAUUUUCAAUCGAAGAACUUUCAAAAAAUCUCAACGCCGUAGUAUUAAAUAAUCGUCCGCGAAAACAGAAAAAAGUAGGUGGACCACGACUUCUGCAAAUAGGUGAACCAGAAAACGAAGCACAAAUGUAUAAAACAACUACAAAACAACGAGCAAGACGAACACGUCCGACAACAUCGACUCAACCAUCAACUGAAUUACCAUCAACAACAUUUCUCAUAACAACUGAAAGCUCAACGGCACCACCAAUCACAACUAUGAUUACCACCACAACUAUCACUACUAGUACUACUCAACCUUUAACGACAAGCACAUCUCUCAAAAUAUCGACGACAUCAGUAACAUCUUUGAUGACACAACCGGAAUCAACAAUAAACAUUGCUUCACAAUCACGACCCAAUCGACGACGACAAAACAUGACUCUAUAUAUUCUAACAAGUGAUGAACAUAAAAUUCGACGCUUCUCAGUCAAUCAUACACGUGGAAUCUUAAUCAAUUGUAAUCAAUUACGACGUCGACUAUUAGGUCGUCGUCGUUUACGCGAUGUACUACACACUACAACCAUUCAAAUGUCUACAAUGAAAUACUCGUCGAUCUCAUCAGUUGAAACGUUUCGGUCGAAAACCACCUUAUUCAUCUUUCUCUUGACAAAUUUCAUCAUAAAUACGUAG